UUUCUUCAACGGUGUUCCCUGGCCACUCCGAACGAUCUCUCUCAUUCGCUCCGUAUCUUUCUCCCUCUCUCUCUCUACUGUGAAUCUGAGGAAGAGGAAGUGGGAGAUGAAGGCCCUAAGCAACACCAGGGCCAGGGCUUCUUCGUCGGCGCCAUUGUACUGCACCAGAGCCCAUCAGAUCGGCGCCCUCAUCCUCGUAGUCCUAACCUUCUUCGCCACCAGGCUCCUUGACCGGUACUCCGACUUCUGCUUCGCUUCCUCGGCUUCUCCUUUCGUGCGGUCGUCGGUCUCUCCGGUGGCAUUGGAGUCUUCUGGCCGUUGGCUGGACGAAGAGAGGUUUCAGUCCGUGUUUGGCGACGGCAGGUUGAAUUGGCCGAAAAGGGGGUAUGGAUCGCGGCUCUUUCUCCAGAUCUACGUGUACGAGGAGUCGGAGAUCGACGGGUUGACGGAAUUGAUGCACGGGAGGGACGGUAAGAUCACUGCGGAGAUGUGUGUUAAGGGUCAAUGGGGAACUCAGGUGAAAAUCCAUCAGCUGCUUCUGAAAUCAAGCUUCCGUACAUUGGACAAACAGAAAGCCCAGCUAUUCUUUGUCCCUUCUUAUGUUAAAUGUGUGAGGAUGAUGGGUGGCCUUACUGACAAAGAGAUCAACCAAACAUAUGUUAAGAUCCUUAGUCAAAUGCCUUAUUUCAGGCUUUCUGGUGGACGUGAUCACAUUUUUGUCUUUCCAAGUGGUGCUGGUGCUCAUCUGUUUCGGUCUUGGGCAACAUAUUUAAAUCGAUCCAUCAUUCUCUCUCCAGAGGGUGAUCGGACAGAUAAGAGAGACAGAACUGCUUUUGAUACUUGGAAGGACAUCAUUAUUCCAGGAAAUGUUGAUGAUGGGAUGACAAAAUUUUCUGGCACCACCAUGGUCCAACCCCUCCCACUAUCAAAGAGGAAACAUUUAACAAACUUCUUGGGUCGAGCGCAGGGCAAGAUUGGCCGUCUUCAGUUGUUAGAGCUUGCUAAAGCAUUCCCAGACAAGCUGGAGGCCCCUGAAUUGAAGCUGACUGGACCAAACAAACUUGGAAAAGUGGAAUAUUUUCAACACCUGCGCAAUGCAAAAUUUUGUCUGUCUCCACGUGGCGAAUCUUCAUGGACUCUUCGUUUCUAUGAAGCUUUUUUUGUGGAGUGUGUUCCUGUUAUCCUGUCAGACCAGGUGGAAUUGCCUUUCCAGAAUAUCAUUGACUAUACCCAGAUAUCGAUCAAGUGGCCAGCUAGUCGAAUUGGAAUUGAACUUCUAGAGUAUCUGGAAUCCAUAUCAGACAAAGAGAUUCAAGAAAUGAUAUCACGUGGACGACUUGUUAGGUGCUUGUGGGUGUAUGCUCCAGAAACACAGCCCUGCUCAGCCAUGCUUGGGAUCAUGUGGGAGCUUCAGAGGAAGGUGAGAAGCUUCCAUCAAUCGGCGGAAACGUUUUGGCUUCACAAUGGCUCUGUUGUAAACAGAAAUUUGAUCCCAUUCCAUGAUUGGAAACCACCCAUGUCGCUCCCUUGAAUUUUGUUAUUUUUGCCAUAUUCAUUUAAUACGGUUCAUUGUAAUCCUCUUGUAUCAAUUAAAUGCACCUGUAAAUAUACCCAUCCACGUAGAAUUAUAGAAAGAAUGUCUCUCUUCUUGAAAUCGGGCUUGUACUGUAUAUGCUUCCUUCCAUUUGCUUACCAAUGUAUUAAACUGCAAAUUAU